UCUACCGCAAUGACGGCGAUCUGCGGCCCUGCGCAGUGAUUCUUUCCCCCCGUUCUUGAAAUCUUUGCUCUUCUUGAUCGAUCGAUCGAUCGAUCUUUCGAUCUUUCCAUGGCGCGGCUGGAGAUCCGGGUCGCUGCCGUCGUGUUCUUGCUGGCGCUGUCGCGGUUCCGAUGUGACGAGGAGGAGAUUUCGCGCAAGACUUACAUUGUGAGGAUGGACAAGGGAGCAAUGCCGGCGAUAUUUCGGACGCACGAAUCCUGGUAUGAAUCCACUCUCGCAGCAGCGUCGGGAAUCCACGCCGCCGCCCCGGCGGCCGAAUUCAUCCACAUCUACAACACGGCGAUGCACGGAUUCGCGGCCAAGAUGAGCGCUCGCCAGGCGGCGGCGCUGGAAUCCGCCCCGGGAUUCAUCCACAUGUUUCCAGACUCCGCCAAGAAGCUCCACACGACGUAUAGCCCACAGUUCUUGCAUCUGGAGCAGUCCAACCACGCGCCAUCGCUCCUCUGGAAGGAUUCCACCUAUGGCUCCGAGGCAAUCGUGGGGAUCUUCGACACUGGCGUGUGGCCGCAGAGCCAGAGCUUCGACGAUCGCAAGAUGUCGCCGGUUCCAUCGCGGUGGAAGGGGACCUGCCAGGCCGGCCCGGGCUUCGAUCCAAAGCUGUGCAACCGCAAGCUCAUCGGCGCGCGAUUCUUCUACCGCGGCUACGAGGCGAUGAGCGGUCCUAUCAACGACACCACCGAGUUUAAGUCGCCCAGGGACUCGGACGGCCACGGCACGCACACGGCCUCCACUGCCGCCGGGCGGGACGUGUACCGCGCGGAUCUCCUCGGCUUUGCCGCCGGUACCGCUCGCGGCAUGGCGCCCAAGGCACGCAUCGCCGCCUACAAGGUCUGCUGGCAGUCGGGCUGCUUCGACUCGGACAUCCUCGCGGCUUUCGACCGCGCUGUCUCGGACGGCGUGGACGUGAUCUCUCUCUCGGUCGGCGGUGGAGUGAUGCCUUACUACCUCGACAGCAUUGCCAUCGGCUCCUUCGCGGCCAUGGAGCGGGGAAUUUUCGUGGCUUGCUCGGGCGGGAACGAAGGCCCGACCGAUAUGUCGGUGACCAACAUUGCGCCUUGGAUCACCACCGUCGGGGCCAGCACCAUGGACCGGAGCUUCCCCGCGAAUGUGAAGCUGGGCAAUGGGAUGAUCCUGUCCGGGACUUCCAUGGCCUGUCCUCACGUCAGUGGCCUCGCCGCGCUGCUCAAGUCGGCUCACCCGACUUGGAGCCCGGCCGCCAUCCGGUCGGCGCUCAUGACAACUUCUACAAUGGAAGGGAAGUCCGGGCACGUAAUCGGCGACGAGGCCACGUCCAACUCUUCCACGCCAUUCGACUUUGGAUCCGGGCUCGUGGACCCCGUGAGCGCUCUCGACCCGGGCCUGGUGUACGACUUGUCGGUGCGGGACUACGAGAGGUUCCUGUGCGGGCUGAACUACUCGAGCAGGGCCCGGUCGACCGUCACCCGGAGUCACUUCUCGUGUAGCAAGGACAGCACGACGAGGGACCGGCCCAGCAGCCUCAACUAUCCAUCCUUCUCGGUGGUGUUUGAUCUGAGCCAGAAGGCUUACACCACCACGGUGUCAAGGACUGUGACCAACGUUGGGCCGGCGAAGUCUUUGUAUACUGCGAGGGUGGUGGCGCCGAGGGGAGUGGAGAUCACUGUCAAGCCCAGCAAGCUCGAGUUCCAGAAGAGGAACCAGAAGAUGGAGUUUCAGAUGAGCAUCACGGCCAAGUCGUCGCGGUCUGUGGCGGCGGGCGAGUCGGAGACGCAGUUCGGGGUGCUGAUUUGGAGCAACACUCGCGGAGGACGACAGAUGGUGCAGAGCCCGAUCGCCAUCAGCCGGCAGCAGCCAUUUUGAUUCGAUUCGAUCGAUCGACAGGAGAGAAGGUACCGUUAUCAUGAAUGAUGUGAUCUUUGGAUAAGCAGCUCGCUCACCACCAUUCCAGGAAA